GACCAAUCAACAUGCUAAUAUUCCAUAUCAGCUAACACUUGAUUCUAGGGUAGGAUUAUUAGCUAUCAAUGAAUGAACCUUCAGGUGACAACAGGGACGGUGAUGUGUCUACAAGGGGUCUCCAUCGUAAGGAGUGCAAGCCAGGGAAGACCCUCGACGACCGCGCGUGUGUGUGUGAGGUGGGCGGGGCCUGGUCCUGAAGUCUUCUCCAGUCGGUUGCGACGCGCCGCUCAUUAGGACUCGGCAUCAGCCAGCAGAACCACGUCCGGACCGGAAGCAUCAUGGCAACCACCACGUGCACGCGCUUCACGGACGAGUUCCAGCUGUACGAGGAGCUCGGCAAGGGAGCCUUUUCUGUGGUGCGCCGCUGUGUCAAAGUGCUCACGGGCCAAGAGUAUGCCGCCAAAAUCAUCAACACCAAGAAGCUGUCUGCCAGAGACCAUCAGAAGUUGGAGAGAGAGGCCAGGAUCUGCAGGCUACUCAAACACUCCAACAUCGUUCGACUCCAUGACAGCAUCUCUGAGGAGGGCUUCCACUACCUUCUCUUUGACCUGGUGACAGGAGGUGAGCUCUUUGAAGACAUUGUAGCCAGAGAGUACUACAGCGAGGCGGAUGCCAGCCAUUGCAUCCAGCAGAUCCUGGAGGCGGUGCUGCACUGCCAUCAGAUGGGCGUGGUCCACAGGGACCUCAAGCCCGAGAACCUCCUGCUGGCCAGUAAGUGUAAGAACGCUGCCGUCAAGCUGGCCGACUUUGGACUGGCCAUCGAGGUCCAAGGAGACCAGCAGGCCUGGUUCGGCUUUGCAGGCACGCCAGGUUAUUUGUCUCCAGAGGUGUUGAGGAAGGAAGCGUACGGGAAACCAGUAGACAUCUGGGCAUGUGGUGUGAUCCUCUACAUCCUCCUGGUGGGCUACCCCCCCUUCUGGGACGAGGACCAGCACAAACUCUACCAGCAGAUCAAAGCUGGAGCGUAUGAUUUCCCCUCUCCAGAGUGGGACACGGUGACGCCAGAAGCAAAAAAUCUGAUCAACCAGAUGUUGACCAUCAACCCAAGCAAGAGAAUCACAGCACAGGAAGCUCUCAAACACCCAUGGGUCUGCCAACGCUCCACUGUGGCCUCCAUGAUGCACCGGCAGGAGACCGUGGAGUGUCUGAAGAAGUUCAACGCCAGGAGGAAACUCAAGGGCGCCAUCUUGACCACUAUGCUGGUCUCCAGGAACUUCUCUGUGGGACGUCAGACCACGGCACCGGCGGCCGUCAGCGGCGUGUCGGGGAGCCCAGCUGGCAUCGUGGAACAAGCAGCCAAGAGCCUCCUCAACAAGAAGGCUGAUGUCAAGAGCGCCGGCAGCGGGACCGGCACAGUCAGCAGUUCGAAAGUCCACGUGUCGUCCGCGGCGCUGGAGCCUCAGACUACCGUUAUCCAUAACCCCGUAGACGGGAUCAAGGAAUCCUCGGACAGCAGCAGCAACACCACCGUUGAGGAUGAAGAUGUGAAAGCUCGCAAGCAGGAGAUCAUCAAGAUCACGGAGCAGCUCAUCGAGGCCGUCAACAACGGCGACUUCGACGCCUACUCGAAGAUUUGUGACCCCGGCCUGACGUCCUUCGAGCCCGAGGGUCUGGGGAACCUGGUGGAGGGGAUGGACUUCCACCGCUUCUACUUUGACAACCUCCUGGCCAAGAACAGCAAGCCCAUCCACACCACCAUCCUCAACCCACACGUACACAUGAUCGGCGAGGACGCCGCCUGCGUCGCGUACAUCCGCCUCACGCAGUUCGUGGACGUGCAAGGCCGCCCCCGCUCCAGCCAAUCGGAGGAGACCAGGGUGUGGCAUCGCCGUGACGGUCGCUGGCAGAACGUCCACUUCCACUGCUCGGGAGCGCACGCCGCCCCCCUGCAGGCCUGAGGCUCAUCAAGGGACCAGCCCGGGGAGAGCGGUAUAGACUGAACUCUAACAUCUCGCCGCUUCCCACCCCGAUUGCCCGUGGACCUCCGAGCAACGGAGCGUCCACUUGUCGAUGUUUACUUGUGGCUGCAGCGUGUCCUGGUGCUCUUCUUCUACUUCCUGUGACCAGCAUGGCUCCUCUUCCUGCACAGCCUGCCCAUGUGACACAAUCAUGAUCCUGCCCCCGGCGCUAGCGUGCAGCACGCUAAGGUUGCGUGGCGACAACUCAUGCGACGGCUGUGGUGUGCCGAUGCCUUUCCCGUACAUGAAGUCACGUCCAGGGCGUGUCUGGCGUCCUCUUCUUCUCUCUUUGGACCAAACUGCUGCGCUUUGCUUGCACCUCUUUGCUUGCACCGCUUUGCUUUUUCUUUGGACUUUGUUGACUUGUUAGUGUGCCGGGAAGAACUGCCACAAAUCCAACAUGGCUCCGUUUAGUUUGGGACCUCAGCAAACACCACGCUGACUCCUCACCACAUCGACAAAGCCGGCGAACAUCACCUUUAUUUUCUCCUAUUAUUUUAUUUUGUCCUCCCGCCAACAACACCUGGGGUGUGUCUCAACUGCUGCACUCGCUACGCUCACCAAGGCCCGCCACCGCGUAAGUGCACCCUGGUCUACUUCUACUAUUGACGGUGCAUACGCUCAGCACUCGAGUGGCCACUCAUGCACUUCGUCUUUUAAGUGUGCAUUCAAAUGCACAAUUCAUUGAAUAAGUGCAAUAUGCACACUUACGUAUUUACACUAGUCUUUUACAUGCAGAAGAGGACACUUGUGUACUUACACACAGUACAUAAGUGCAUAAGUGGGCAUACUUACGUUGAGUCUUUUUAGUGCAUAAGUUCACAUUUACGUACUUACACUUAGGAUUGAUUGAGAACAUAAGUGCACAAUUGCGUACAUGUACUCAAUCUUUUGAGUGCACAUUUUUGUACUUACACUCAGUACUGUGAAUGUGUAAGUGCACAAAUGUGUACUUACUCUUAGUCUUUUUAAGUGCAUAAGUGCACACUUGUGUACAUAUACUCAAUCUUUUCAGUGCACUUUUUGUACUUAAACUCAGUACUAUGAAUGUGUAAGUACACAAUUGUGUACUUAAACUUAGUCUUUUGAGUGCAUAAGUGCACACUUGCGUACAUAUACUCAAUCUUUUGAGUGCACAUUUAUGUACUUAAACUCAGUACUGUGAAUGUGUAAGUACACAAUUACUUACACUCACACACUUACGCCUAGUCUUUUGAGUGCACUUGUUGACCCGGAGAAGGAUGUUAAAGUGCGGUACAGAAUGGCAGUAUCGGGGAUUUGGGACAGCGCUACAAUGACAACAUUCACACCCUCUAACAGGAACUAAGUGUAGGGUGUCCAGUGUACUUCUUGAAGUGUGCCGAUGCAGGUAUGCAAGUUUGAGACACAGCUCGGGACUUGGUGUACUUGGUGUUCCUUUCUUUUGGAUCCAGAGUUGCCCACCUUUUGUGUCAUCUUUUAAAGAGUAAGUGUGUAUAUUGUAAUGUUUUCAUGUAGUAUUAGUUUUUUGUACUAUUUUCUCCUGAAUGAAAGACACACUGGCGGUUUAAGUGAUGAUGUUCUAUCUUCCACUCAUCUAGCAGCUUACAUUAUGACCUAUAGAAUGAUAUGCUUUUUUGUCAACUUCUGUUCAUGUAUCAUUUGCCUGGGUGUAGUAAAAAAGUACUUCAGUCUUUGUAUUUAUGUGGCAGCCUCCACCAAGAGCUUGUUAGUGUGAACGCACGCAAAGUCUUUUGUUACUGAUGAUGAUGUGUUAUAACAUGAAUAACAUCAUAUUCUAAACAUAAUAAAAAGGAGCACGCACACAGCA